CGGAGCCCGGCGUGGCCAUGGCGGAGGCGGCGCUGGACGCCGUGCGAAAGUAUCUAUUAGAAUUCCCAAACGCUGCGCGGGAGCUCAGCGUGCCGUUCACUGUGCCACACCUGGAAGGGCCCCCGACUCCUCUCCAAUUCUACAGAGACUGGGUGUGUCCCAACAGGCCCUGCAUCAUCCGUAAUGCCCUGAAACACUGGCCUGCCCUAAAGAAGUGGACAUUCUCCUACCUCAGGGCCACAGUGGGCGACGUGGAGGUGAGUGUCGCCGUGACGCCAGACGGGUAUGCAGAUGCAGUGUGUGGGGACCGGUUUGUGAUGCCCGCGGAGCGGCGGCUGCCUCUGAAUGCGGUGAUCGAUGUGCUGGAGGGCAAGGCCUAUCACCCCGGGGUGCUCUAUGUGCAGAAGCAAUGCUCUAACCUCUGCUGUGAGCUGCCCCAGCUGCUGUUUGAUGUCGAAUCCCACGUGCCCUGGGCUAGUGAAGCGCUGGGGAAGAUGCCUGAUGCUGUGAACUUCUGGCUUGGAGAAGAAGCAGCAGUGACGUCUUUACACAAGGAUCACUAUGAGAACCUCUACUGUGUCAUAUCUGGGGAAAAGCACUUCCUCCUGCACCCUCCUAGUGACCGACCUUUCAUCCCUUAUGAGAUGUAUAAACCAGCAACCUACCACAUAUCUGAGGAUGGCUCCUUCAAGAUGGUGGAUGAGGAGGCCAUGGAGAAGGUACCUUGGAUCCCAUUAGAUCCUGUGGCCCCAGACCUGGUCCGAUUUCCACUCUACAAGCAAGCCCAGCCCCUCCACUGUACAGUGAAAGCAGGGGAAAUGUUCUACCUGCCAGCUCUUUGGUUUCAUCAUGUCCGUCAGUCUCAUGGCUGUAUUGCUGUGAAUUUCUGGUAUGACAUGGAAUAUGACCUCAAGUACAGCUACUACCAGCUUCUGGACUCCCUCUCCAAGGCCACAGAUCUUGCUGGGAUGGACCCUCUCAGUCUGCUCUCCGUUCGGGUCCUAAAGGCCCAUGGCUUCCUAUCCAAAGACAUAUUAACCCCCUCUGACAGCUAUGUGAGCCUAUGGCUGCCCACAGCCUCAAGUCAAGAAUUUCGGACCCGUACAGUAAGGAACUGCAGGAACCCUGUUUGGAACCAGACUUUCCGCUUCCGGAUCCAUAGCCACCUCAAGAAUAUGCUGGAGCUGAAGGUGUUUGACCAGGACCUUUUGACCAAGGAUGACCCCAUAUUCUCUGUGCUCUUUGAUGUGGGGACUCUGAAAGUUGGGGAGAGCCGGCGGGAGACCUUUACCCUCAAUCCUCAGGGCAAGGAAGAGCUGGAGGUGGAGUUUCGUCUACAAAGUCUCCCGGCAUGCCCUGAACAGCUCAUCACCAAUGGUGUCCUUGUGGCCCGAGAGCUUUCCAGUUUGGAUGUUCACCUAGAAAAGAUGGAAAGCAUACAAGAUCAUUCAGAGUCAGAUGGCGGAGUCGAAGCCCUAGUACUGGGGUCCUAUGAGGGCAGCCAGACUGUCACCCCAGGCACCAGCCCCAUCCGCUUCCACUCUCCAACUUGCUGGGAGUCAGAGCUGAGUGUUAAGCUCCAGGGAACUUCUCAGGAGGCGCUGAAGGUGCCACUAAAGUCACUACCUUUCGAUCACGUGGUGAGGGUCGCCUUACCCGCCACAGAGCUGAAAACCGAGAAAUGCCCUGACGAGCUGGCAGUGCGCCUGGGCUUUGGGCUGUGUGAAGAGGAGCAGGUGUUCCUGAGGAAGAGGAACCAGGUGGUGGCCAAGGCCCUGAAACAAGUACUGCAAUUAAAAGAUGAGCUGCCGGAGGAUGAGAUUCCAGUGGUGGCCAUCAUGGCCACAGGCGGCGGGAUCCGGGCAAUGACUUCCUUGUACGGGCAGCUCUCGGGCCUGAAAGAGCUGGGCCUUUUGGAUUGUGUCUCCUACAUCACAGGAGCUUCUGGUUCCACAUGGGCCAUAGCUAACCUCUACGAGGAUCCAGACUGGUCACAGAAGGACUUGGCAGGGCCAACGGCAGUGGCGAGGGCACAAGUGACCAAGAGCAAGCUCAGCAUAUUGGCCCCUUCCCGGCUCCGGCGGUAUCGGCAGGAAUUAAAGGAGCGGGCCCAGCAAGGCUACCCUACCUGCUUUACUAACCUUUGGUCACUGCUUAAUGAGGCCCUGCUACAUGAUGAGCCCCAUGACUACAAACUAUCAGACCAGCAGGAGGCCCUGGAGCAUGGCCAGAACCCACUGCCCAUCUACUGUGCCCUCAACACGAAGGAGAAAAGCCUGAGUACCUUUGAGUUUGGAGAAUGGGUGGAGUUCUCCCCAUAUGAGGUUGGCCUUCCCAAGUACGGUGCCUACGUCCCUUCUGAGCUCUUCGGCUCCCAGUUCUUCAUGGGGAGACUGAUGAAGAGAUUGCCUGAGUCCCGGAUCUGCUUCUUGGAAGGCAUCUGGAGCAACCUUUAUGCAGCUAAUCUCCAGGACAGUCUGUACUGGUCCUCAGAGCCUGACCAGUUCUGGGAUCGCUGGGCUCAAGAUCAAGUUACCUUGGACAAAGAGAAAACCCCCUCUCUGAAGAUGGAAGAGCCACCCUCCACUACAAGCAAGAUUGCCGAAUUCUUUACGGACCUCUUAACCCGGCGCCCCUUGGAGGAGGCCUCUCACAACUUCCUGCAUGGGCUGCAUUUCCAUGAGGACUACUUUAAGCACCCCCAUUUCUCUGCUUGGAAAGGCACCAAGCUGGAUGGGCACCCUUACCAGCUGACACCUAUGGAGCCGUACCUCUGCCUACUGGACGUUGGCUACUUCAUCAACACCAGCUGCCCUCCCCUGCUGAUGCCCACCCGCCAAGUGGACCUUAUCCUGUCAUUAGACUACAACCUCCAGGGACCCUUUCAGCAGUUGGAAUUGGUGGGCCGGUACUGCCAGCAGCAGGGGAUCCCAUUCCCCCUCAUCACCCCAAGUCCAGAGGACAAGGAGCUGCCCCAGGAAUGCCACAUCUUUUCUGACCCUGAGUCUCUAGCUGCCCCUGUCGUGCUCCAUUUCCCUUUGGUCAAUGACUCCUUUCGGCAGCACUCGGCUCCUGGAGUGCAGCGGAAGCCUGAGGAACUGGCAGCUGGGGAGGUGAACUUGACCCCUUCUGGUUCCCCUUAUCAUUACACGAAGGUGACGUACAGCGAGGAGGACGUGGACAAACUACUCAGCCUCACCCGGUAUAACAUCUGCAACAAUCAAGAGCGGCUCCUCCAGGCCCUUGGGGAGGCCGUCCAGCGGAGAAGACAGCGGAAUCGUCAGAGGCAGCAGUGAUGGGGACAUCAGCCAGCCGGGGGGAAUGGAUUGCCGCCAGAUGUACUGGGCCACUGGUCUGCCAU